CAAAGUACGUUUGAACAUGAAGUCAUGUGCACCCAUGUGCAGACAUGCGUUCACGUAUGCACAUGACCCACUGUGCAUAACGGUACAUUGAAGUAAGUUCUUAAUCGCUGAUUCCGCCUUGACUUCAUAUUUGUUUACCUGGAAUUGUUGCUUGUAGCUUGGAAAGUUGACCGUUUUCGCGGGGUCCAAGUGACAAGCAACAACCAAAAAAAGAUCAGUCUCGUUUUAAAUCUCAAACCCGCGCAUCGUAUUCUCUCCCCCUCAAAGUGAAAACCCAAGUGAAGUGAAAAACUCUAACGACACAAAGCUACAAAAAUUGCAAAAGGCGCCAACACACAAUUCUGGACCCAAGCCAAGCGCCCACCUACACACACACACACAUACACACACAUCAAAAAAGAAGCUUCAAAAUAAUGGCCGGAUAUUUACCUCGCCCAGAGUCCCCACGACCCGCCAGACCCACACGCCCUCGCUUCGACCCACGGGAACCCAGGUAUCGCCCCGCAUCUUGGCAGUAUGCCUGUGGCCUCUGCCAGGAGGACCACGCCAUACGGUCAUGCCCGCGGUUCCGGCAAAUGACACCGUAUCAGAGAUACGAGACAGUUGAGAGACGGAGUUACUGUCGGAACUGUCUGGCGCGCAGCCAUCUGGCCCCAGACUGCCCCGUGGUCACUGCCUGCCGAACAUGCGACUACCGCCAUCACACAAUGCUGCAUGGAGCCCCACAGCUUAGGGAGACAUACGGCAGCUACAGCCCGCCCCCAAUGGAGAUUGCCAACCCACGGCAACUUGCAAUCGAACCAGCCAACCAGAUGCCCAUCGUCCAAGGCCCUCCCCCGGUCGAGAUACCUUACAGCCGGGCCACUGUUUUUGUACCCACGGCGAUGGUGGAAUUGGCACCCGAGGAGCAGGACGAUUGGGCUGGGGUACGGGUACUUUUGUGCCAGGCAUCGACCAUCACCCGAAUCGCGGCAGCCACAGUAACUCGCCUGGGGAUACCAACGAGAGAGCGCAGAGGGCACCGUCUGGCAACAAUAAGACUUCGGUCAAGGCAUGCGUCGAGGAGGACCAUGUAUACCAUCCGGGCAGUGGUGACCCGGGAUUUGCCGCGACGACCCUAUUCAGAUCCCAUCAUUCCCGACCCCACAAGCAGCCUAAGAUCCCUUUCUUUGGCAGAUGCUGACCCUAGGGGCAACGAACCAAUCGAUGUAGAGGUAGGGGCCGAUGCCUACGCCCACCUCCGGAGGAGUGGUGUUGUACAACCCGGAUUGGGAGCCGUCUUCGCCCAGGAGACAGAUUGGGGAUACGUGUUCGUCGGCCCAGUCACCUCACAGGCAAGAAACCAAAAUUAAAAAGGUAAGAUGUCACUUCGUCACUUGGAGGGGGAGAAUGUUCAAAGUACGUUUGAACAUGAAGUCAUGUGCACCCAUGUGCAGACAUGCGUUCACGUAUGCACAUGACCCACUGUGCAUAACGGUACAUUGAAGUAAGUUCUUAAUCGCUGAUUCCGCCUUGACUUCAUAUUUGUUUACCUGGAAUUGUUGCUUGUAGCUUGGAAAGUUGACCGUUUUCGCGGGGUCCAAGUGACAAGCAACAACCAAAAAAAGAUCAGUCUCGUUUUAAAUCUCAAACCCGCGCAUCGUAUUCUCUCCCCCUCAAAGUGAAAACCCAAGUGAAGUGAAAAGUAAAAAGUGAACAUACAUACAAACAUAUAUAACUAGAGUGAACAUUGCAACAAUAAACUUUGAAACAGUGAACUAAUAUAUUUAAC